UCGACCUUGUCCUCCUCGUCCUCGUCGGCUCGUCCUAUCCUCUCGCCUCCCCAACAAGCAAACCCUAAUUAUCCAUUGCCACGGAGCUGUAGCCAGCUCCUCCGCGCCGAUAAAAUCGAAGCGGGAGCUGCGCUUGCUCAGAUUCAAUCCAAUCCUCCGUAGCUCAAAAUUUCCCUAUCGCCAUCGCCGUCGCUGUCCCGGAUUUCCGCUCCCCUGGCCGCAGCAGGCAGGAGGUGAUGAGAUCUUCGGCCGCGGUCCUAACAUGCUAGCCGGCGGCGGCAGAGGCGGCGGCGGCAGCAGCUCCCAUCUCUCCCCCUCCUCCUCCUCCCCGCACAGGGACCUCCUCGGCGGCGGCCGCGGGGCCCGGAGCUUCCUCUUCGGGAACACCUGGUUCAUGCUCUCCGCGUACCCGGCCCGCCUCCUGCACACCGCCGACCGCCGCGCGCCCGCCGCCGCGUUCGCCGCCGCCAUCCACCGCACGCCCCGCGCCCACGGCGGCACGGGCCAGAGCCUGCUGCAGCGGGGCAUCAUCAUGGCCGCCUGCGGCUACGCGUUCGGGCGAGCCGAGCUCGGCGCCGCCAAGCGCCAGCUGGACAAGGACUCGUCCUCCGUGGGCAACCACGCCUCCCGCGUCGUCGCCAUGGGCUCUGCGGGGAGCGCCGCCGCCAGGCCGGACGUCUCCUUCAGGUACAGAGGCGUCGAGUACUGUAAGAAGGUCGGCGUGAGCUUGAAAUGCCGCGAGCAGUGGGGGCCAGGGAGGGCGUUCUGGACCAAUGCGGUUGGGCCGGGGAGGAAGCUGAGCUUCUCCGUUGAGCCGUGGGCUCGGGACUUCAGCACGUCGUGCGCAGCGCCGUACUCUGCCGGGUUUACGGAGCGUCAGCUGACGCUGGAUGAGGCGGUACAGGAUAAGAAGAUGGAUAACUCCACUGCUGCGUCUGAUGAGAAGUCACCUGCUCCUCAGAAACUGAAGUUGCUAUCAGGUUCUUGUUACCUGCCACACCCUGCUAAGGAGGCGACUGGUGGCGAGGAUGGUCAUUUUAUUUGCGUUGAUGAACAGGCAAUUGGCGUGGCAGAUGGUGUUGGUGGCUGGGCAGAUCACGGUGUUGAUGCUGGACUAUAUGCAAAGGAGCUAAUGAGUAAGUCAAUGGGUGCUAUCAAGGAUGAACCGAAAGGUGCAAUUGACCCGUCAAGAGUUUUAGAAAAGGCUUUUGCAAGCACCAAAGCAAGGGGAUCAUCAACCGCUUGCAUCAUCACUCUUAAAGAGCAGGGUCUUCAUGCUGUAAAUCUCGGGGACAGUGGCUUCAUAGUAGUCAGAGAUGGCCACACUGUUCUCAAAUCACCUUCGCAGCAGCAUGAUUUUAAUUUUACCUAUCAGCUCGAGAGUGGGGGUGGCAGUGAUCUUCCUAGUUCUGCUGACGUAUUUCAUUAUCCGGUUGCUCAUGGUGAUGUUAUUGUUGCUGGCACUGAUGGGCUUUUCGACAAUCUGUACACCAAUGAUAUUAUUGCCGUCGUUGUGGAGGCUGUCAGGGGCGGGCUUGGGGCUCAAGCGACAGCACAAAAAAUUGCUGCCCUUGCUCGCGUACGAGCGCUGGAUAAGCACAGGAAAUCACCAUUUGCAGCUGCUGCUCAAGAGGCUGGGUACAGGUUCUAUGGUGGAAAGCUCGACGAUAUCACUGUUGUGGUAUCGUACGUGACAGGUGCCACGGCUGCAUGAUGUGAUUCUUCCAUUUAUUGUUGUAAUGUAAAUAGGCUGCCCCAAACAGAUGGAGCUCUUAUGCACCGGGGGGAGUAGAUGCUCGGAAUGAGACCGGGUUAUUCGAAUGUUAGGGGUCUCCUGACACCAGAUUGCUUCCUGUUUUGGAGUUUUGAGGUUGCAUUUUAGCAGAGGAUCAUGGCGAAAAACCAUGCAUAUUGUAUUCAUUUAGCGCUAUAAGAGAUACUUCUUUGAAACAA